GCGCGGGGGCUUCUUCCGCCGGGCGAGAGGCGGGUUUGCCACCGCUUCCCCCCCCCUUUCCCUUCCUCUUGCUGACGUCAGUUUGCAGCCUCCCUCCGGCCGGCCCUCCCCUUUGCACUGCUGCAGCGUCCUCGCCGCCGCCUCCUCCUCCACGGGUCCUUGCGAGGGAGGCUAAGCGCACGCCAACCAGCGGGCCCGGCUCUUUCCCUCGCCGCCGCCGCCGCCCCUUCCAGCGCAGCCUUCUCCCGUUGGGGAGGUUGGAGCCCCGCCGCGGCCCGGGCGCGUCGCCGCCGCCUUCACUUCCCUCUGCCUGGUGUCGCCGCCGAGAAAGGAGGAGGAGCGGGAGGGAACAUGGCGAAAACCGAGCAGGUCCUCUCUCUGGAACCGCAGCACGAGCUCAAAUUCAAAGGCCCCUUCACAGACGUCGUCACUACAAAUCUGAAACUUGGCAACCCUACAGACAGAAAUGUGUGCUUCAAAGUCAAGACUACAGCACCCCGCAGAUAUUGUGUGAGGCCCAACAGUGGAAUUAUAGAUGCAGGAACGUCUAUUAAUGUCUCUGUGAUGCUACAGCCCUUUGAUUAUGACCCUAAUGAGAAGAGUAAACACAAGUUCAUGGUUCAGUCGAUGUUUGCACCAGCUGAUACCUCAGACAUGGAGGCAGUAUGGAAAGAAGCAAAGCCAGAAGAACUCAUGGAUUCGAAACUUAGAUGUGUGUUUGAGCUGCCGGCAGAAAAUGAUAAACCUCAUGAUGUAGAAAUUAAUAAAAUUAUAUCCACAGCUGCAACAAAGACAGAAUCUUCUGUAAUGUCUAAAUCGUUAAGUUCUUCUUUGGAUGACACUGAAGUUAAGAAAGUAAUGGAAGAAUGUAAGAGGCUGCAAUUAGAAGUUCAGAGGUUACGGGAGGAGAACAAACAAUUUAAGGAAGAAGAUGGGCUGCGGAUGAGGAAGGCGCCCCAGACAAACCACCCAGCCUCUACUUCUGCCGCCGUUGCAAAGGAGGAAGGCCUCAGCACUAGACUACUUGCCCUGGUGGUCUUGUUCUUUAUUGUUGGCGUAAUUAUAGGGAAAAUUGCCUUGUAGAGGCAGCAUGCUGGAGGAUUGUAAAUCGGAUUGAGGGAUCUGCCAUAUCAUUGGAUUAAAUUUAUUCAUAACAAAUGUUUAAAAAAGAAAAAUGUACGACAUCUCACAGGUCUUGCCUUUUAAAUUUUUACCCCCCCCCCCCCCUUGCACAAAUAUAACAUUUAACAUAACAUAAUAUCUUCUAGAAAGUUUAAGAUGCACAAAGGAGUAAGCAGGAGAAGGAAGGAGUUGCGAGCAACGAGGAAAGAUAAUCAUGAAUUUAACACUAUAAUGGUGCAUUGUUCAGAAGGGAAAUGAAAGUCACUUUAAACAUUUUUUUGGACCUUGGUUCAUAUUACUGGACUUCUCUUCUUGUGGAGGGUUGAGGGGAGGAGGGAGAGAUUCCUCUGAGGGAGCUGGUCCUUUUUUUUUUGGCUACCUGGAGGUUGGCUUAAACAGGAACGGUGGUUGGCUUUCUGUAAAAUAUAUUAACCCUGCCAUCCCUCCACAUACGUUUAACAGUUCUGUCAAGUGGGUGUGACUCUGAUCUCAGAAUUCUGUCUGCCGUGUUACUCCCCGAGCAGCUCGUAAGAUUUCCUCCCUAAACAGGCAGCGCAGCCUUGCCUCUCCAAGUCCCGCGUUGUCCGCAGGAGCAUUGACAGUGCAGCCGCCGCAGAGAACUCUGGGAGAAAGAGAGGAGGGGCUCAGAGCAGGUUUGCCCCCCAGAGGCCAUGAGUGGCAGCAGAGCUACAGAACCGGUGGGUUGUCUUGCAGUUGGUCCCGUUGGCGUGUGCAGGAUAGAUGCAAACGCAGUCUUAGAAGUUGGCAGCGGGUAGAGCAGAGAGAGGUUGAUGGGGAGGGGCCCUCAAUUUCUGUGCCUCUUCUUCUCUGUGAGGCUCCUGUCGAGGAAGACUUGAUAACCAGCAGUGGUGUGGCUUGCCGUCCAGGGGAGCCGCUUUCCUAGCCUUCGUUAAAGCAGCCCAGAGUGCUCCUGUUGUCACUGGGGAGGUGGUUCCUGAUUUUAAAGUCCAGUUUUGUGGCUCACUGUUUUAACCAGUUUUUUGGGGGGUUUUGUCAGAUAUUGGAACGGCAUGGGCCAUUACAUCGUGCACUCUGUCCCCUCCCUUCUUGCUGUUAGUCCAGUCUGAUAAAAAUCGUUCUCUGACUGUCUGUCUAUGUUCCACUUGGGAAUGGCGUCGUGUUAAUGGGGACCAUACGCUUCAGCCCCCUCGUCCAUCACAUCUUUUUAUUUUUAGUUUUAGUUUUUGCACCCGCUCCUUGUUGAGUUUGUGAAUGACUUCUCUGCUUUUUCACCCUACAGCAAAUUCCCACAUGCUCACUCCAUACACUGCAGUGUGUGUGCGUGAGCUCUUGUGGGAGGUCUCUUGUAUAAUCUUCCUUCUCUAGCCCCACUACAUCCCCUCGAAGUUUCUGGAGAGGAGGGAUUUGGGGAUUCAGUCUCAUUGUGGGGACAGGUCUCCUGGGUGUUCACUUGUAGCAGAUCUUCAUUCAGUGCCAUUUCUCUCCAGCAGUUCCUCUUGCAGGCCAGGUGCGAAGAGAAUUCCCCUGCCCCUUUCCCCCUCAGCUGCUUAGUGCUGGUUUUGAAUAGUGCUCAUGUAGAGAGGCCAUCUCUCUCUGACUGAGGCCUGUGCCGGUGGAUAAGGAAACAAUCUAGGCAGAACUCCUAGUCCUAAGCAAAUCACUGCCCUGUGUUUGGGAAAAGAGGAGAGGAUGGGUAGGUUUAGGCCCACAGCAGCAGGAUCUCUCUCACCGCGUCUCCGUUUUAAUUCAGUUCUGGACACUUAAGCAGUGAACAGCUUUAAACCGACUCUGGCUGUAUUGAGAGGCGACCGAACUGUCCUCUGCUUUAGCCGGUUGUGUGGAUCGAGCAUCGCUGCCCUGCUGUUCAAGAGGGACCAAUUACAGUUGCUGUCGGUUUGUGUAGCAGAGUUUAAAAAAACCCUUCGUAGUCAGGAAAAAAAAUCAUUUAAUGCAUAUUUAACUUAUUUAAUGUGUCUCAUCUCAUGUUUUCCUUGUUGUCACCGACAUUUGACUACUGCUAUAUAAACGGUUAAGUGAGAGGAGAGGGGGGAGAAGGGGCGCCUGUUCAAAGCUGGUGGAUAGAACUAAUUAUUUUUUAUUUCUGUUGCUGUAGUGAUGAUGGAUUCUUCGGCCUUCUAAUGCUUUUGGGCACCACAGUUGUCAGUUUUGAUCAUCUAAACAUUGGGGAAAACAGCGGUCAGGAAACUGUUCUUUUUGUAUAUAAAAUAAGUCUAUGUAGGGGAAAAAUUAGUAGGAAUUAGUUCUAUGCUGUUCAAAACAAAAACAAAAAAAGACCAAUCCUGUUUGACUAUGUAGCAUCUUUAAAAAAAAACUCAAAUAAAUCUCCCCCCAAAUUAUUGGAA